AAUAAAUAAAUUUUAACAAUUCAGGAAGAGUUCGCCACUGCUCCUCGUUCGCUUGUCAAUUGCCGAAACCCCUCCUUACCCUUCGCAACGGAGGGCCGCCGCCAAACGUGGUUGCUUGAAGAUCCGUGGAAUUGACAAGGAGAAGGAGAGAGAGAUCUUGACAAAGGAGAUUCGGAAUGGACAAUGGCGAGAUCGCGGUCUCGAAGGCCUUGGCCCUGCAUCUUCUCUGCACCCUCGGGUUGGCCGCUGGCUUUUUCGCUGCUGGAAUCGCCUACAAUCUCAGCCUUGUCACCGAUCCGGCCCAAACCCUAAGUUUUCUUCUCGUGUUUGAAACCCCUAUUGUAGUAGCAAGUUAUAGUUUUGUUCGACGAGAUCACGACCGCCCGUAUUGGGAGGCUGUUUCGAUGGCAUUGUUUGGACUACCUGUCGGAGCUUUAUUAAAUGCACUUGGAGCAAUUGUUCUCGGCGCACCUGUUGGCCCUAAGUAUUGGAUAAGCACCAUCUACUGGUCAUGUCUCAUGUCAUUGUUUACUUUUGUACCUGCAGUCUGUGUUUUUGGAUGGUCAAGGAUGGACUGGCAGCGCAUUAUAGCUAAUUCCAAACCAAAGCAAGCAACUGAUUGCCUGGUUUCUUUACCAGCUCAAGGAGCUAUUGUUGGUGCAUGGCUUGGAGCUUGGCCUAUGCCACUUGACUGGGAAAUGCCAUGGCAGGAAUGGCCAAUCUGCGUUACAUAUGGAGCAAUUGCUGGCUACAUAGUUGGUAUGAUACUGUCCACAGUGUUUGUCCAUGUAAUGAAAAAUCAUCCACAUGUCAAGGAUGACUAAUGAUGAUCAUAUGUAAAUUUUGUUGGGAGUUUGUGUUAGUUUCCCAGUUCUCGGAUCUUGACUAUGCAACUAUAGCAUCAUUAAUAUUCUACACAAAUCAUUCCAGUUUUUAUUUUGUUAA